AUGUCAACGAAGAUGAAGGGCCUUUUGAAAGGCUUAAGAUACAUCUCUCAAAUAUUCGAUGAUGAUAAAGAACCAGAAAUGCAGAUUGGCUUCCCUACAGACGUAAAGCAUGUGGCUCACAUAGGAUGGGACGGGCCUUCGGUAGACAAUUCACCAAGCUGGAUGCAGGAAUUCAAAUCACCAGGAGGAUUUCAAUCAGCCCCAUUAGGUGCCCCCACAGAUUCUAAAGAAAACCCUGAAAUCAAAUGGGUUUCUGAAGAUUCAAGCAGCCGAAGGGGUACCACCAGAACUCCAAAUUCUCCAGCCAGAGACAAGCCAGAAUUACCAAAGUCAUCAAGACGCCAUUCUUCAACGGACAAUUCCUUAGCAACAACUGAAUCACCAAGAAGAGAGUCAUCCACCAAAUCAAGGCAGUCAAGGCGAAACCAAUCGAAGGACACCAAUCUACCAAACACACAGGAUGCUACAGGCCUCGGGCCUGACUCACCCACACGAAGCUUGCCAGACAUUCCAAAGAAGUCACGGCGAAAGAAGUCCAAGGAAUCAAACUCCGGUGGGUCAUCACGAUCGUCAAGAUCGAAAGGCGCCACUUCUAGUACAUACACAUCUCCGUUUUCAGAUCCUGGACCAGAAACUGGAAUGACAAUAAGAUCCAAGAACAAUGAAAUUCGUCAAAGUUCGAGUCUGAAACCACUUGAAGAACAACAAGAUAAGGAAAGUAGAGGGGGUGUCUCUUGA